AUUUACUAGGAUUUGUGGACGCUCUGACGAAUUCUUGGGUCAGAAGAAGCUCCUGAGGCCCUCCCCACACUGUUCCGGGUGUCUCAGUCUUAAAAGGCACAAAUUGAUACUCUAUUCUUGUGCAGUGAUAUCCAGGAGAAAAUAAUGGCCAACACACAUGGAAUUUGGAUGUUUUCAGUAAGUGAAAGUUUAAAAGAGAAAAAGGGGUGUCAGGCAAAGCCAAUGUCACUUUACUCAGUGCCCCCCAAAUAGUGGCCUGGGGCACUGGCCAACCUUCAGGUGCUCCCAAGUUGUAUGUACAGUUCAAUGGCUGCAGGUCCAGGUGGCACAUUUGUAGUGAAUUCCAAGAUUCAGGUUUAGAGUGUUCGAUGAAGGUUUCACAUAAAGUGAAUUUGUUUCUCAGGUCCAAGGUCCAGCCCCUCAGAAGCAAAGCAGCUCUUGUAAAGCAAGAAACAUUUUCCCAGAAACUUCUCCCACAUAGUAGGAUGGCCCCACUCACAGAGCUUCAGAGCAGAACAGAAUGUUCUAGGAAGGAGUAGGCCAUGAUUUCUUGUAUAGCAUGUGUCAGAAUUAGUAAUAUCACCAUGUCCGGGAGCCAUCACAGGCUUUGUGACUACGAAGCUAUAGGCCAGUGUACAGAAGGUGACCGUCUGAGCUUGACGAGGAUGGACGACGCUCAGGCUGAACAGUCAAGAGUCACCUUAGUGGAGGCCUGGUGAGGGCAUGGUAUCUGGGGAGAACAAUCAGCUGGUGAAAAUCCUACACAGCAUCCCAUUUCCCUCAUUUUCCCCUCACUCUCGACAGAUUCUGGGCCACUCUCCCAGGUGCGUCACCACGUGUGGCAUUUAGAUGUAUGCUGUUGCUCCUUCAUUAGUGAACCUAGAGAAUAACAAAAUGAUCGUAGAAGAAUUUUUCUAUAACAGCAACCCAGAAAUACUGCACUGAAAUGAAAGACUGUUGUAGAGUCAUCAGAUAGGAGAGGACCAGGUAUUAAGCACAGUGAUGUCACAGCUGAACCAUCACAGUUCCAUACACUCUUCUGGCAGCUGGAGAAAUGAACGUAUCUCAGGCAUCCGUGUCACUGGAGGACGUGACUGUGGAGCUCACCCAGGAGGAGUGGCGGCUCAUGGGCCCUGCUCAGAGGACCCUGUACAGAGAUGUGAUGCUGGAGACCUACAGCCACCUCAUCUCUGUGGGGUACUGCAUUAUCAAACCUGAGGUGAUACUCAAGUUGGAGCUAGGAGAAGAGCCAUGGUCUUUGGAGUGCAAAUUCCUGAAUCAGAAGCGUGAAGAGUAUGUCCACAUCCAAGGAAAUCAGGAAAAACACCAGAAGCCUCCAUGGCAAGUAAUAUUAAUGGAAGACAAAGCACUGAGUGAAGGACAGAAAGUUUUAGGAAAACCAUUUAGUCUGGGCAUAGCUUCAGAUUUUUCAGGAAAAAUACCCUGUAAAUGUGACUCGAGUGGCAUGAACUUUCCAGUAGUUUCUAAGUUCAUUAUUUCUGAGGGAAACUAUUCAAGAAAGAAUACUGAUUCCAUGAAUAUGUAUAGAAAAUUACAGCUUGAUAUUAAACAUGAGGAAAUUCACACUAAAGAGAAAUCUCAUGAAUGUAAUAAAAAUGAGAAAGUUUUCAGUUAUAAGAAAGAUCAUCAUCAGAAAUUUCAAACCUUGGAGGAGUCCUUUCAACACAGUGAGUCUGGAAAAAAGUUACAUGAUAAAACUAUCUGCAUUACAGUUGGGAGUUCUCCAUUAGGAAAGAAGACCUGUGAGGAAGAUGAAUUUAGGAAAUCCUGUGGUAAAACAACUCUGUUUGAGCAGAGGGAAUCUGACACAAGGGAGAAAUGCUCUGAGCUUAAUGAAUGUGGGGAAUCCUGUGACAAAACCACCAUUGUGGAAUACAAUAAAGUUCAAAUGGUGAUAACACAUAGCGAAUGCAAUGAAGUUGGUAUUAAUUGCAGUGGAAAGUCACCCUGCUUUCCAACUCAGAGACCUGUUACAAGACGGAGAGCUUUUGACAGCAUUAAAUGUGAAGCAAAUUUGGAUCACAAUCUAGUCCAUCAAGUACAUACUGAAAAACAAAAUGGAGGUCAUGUUUGUGAGUAUAAUAUAUGUACAAAUACCUUCUACCAGAAAUUAGACCUUACCAGACAUCACAGAACAGAAGAGAAACUCUACCAAUCUAAUCUGUAUGGGAAAUGCAAGAAAUAUUUUUCUCAGAAAGCAUAUCUCAUUCAGCAUCAAAGGACCCACUCAAGAGAGAACUCUGAUAAGUGUGAUGAAUCUGGGAAAUUAAGCCAUUCACAGUCAUACCCUGUUCAGCAUUCAGGAGACCAGAUAGGGUUCAAACUCUAUGAAGACAAUAAAUAUGGACACAUUUUCUGUCAGAAAUCAAACCUCAGUGAAUAUCUGAGAAUUGGUUGUGGGGAAUGUUACACAUCUCCUUGCAUGGAACAGCAGAGAACAGAUACAGAGAUGAGACUCUUUCAAGAUAGUGAUUAUGGAGAAAAAUUCUCUAUGAUGGGUCACCUCAAAGAACAUCAGAGAGUUCACAGAGGGGAGAAACCCCACGAAUGCACUGAAUGUGGGAAAACUUUUGCCAAGAUAUCACAUCUCAGAGCACAUCAGAGAACUCACACAGGUGAAAAGCCCUAUAGCUGUAUUGAAUGUGGGAAAGCAUUUUCUCAUAAGAUACAUCUCAGUGCACAUCAGAGAAUUCAUACAGGGGAGAAACCCUAUGAAUGCAAUGAAUGUAUAAAAGCAUUUGCUGAUAAUUCAACCCAUAGAACACAUCAGAGAAUUCACACAGGAGAGAAACCCUAUGAAUGUAAUGAAUGUGGGAGAUCUUUUGCCCAUGUUUCUGUUCUCAAACCACAUCAAAAAAUUCACACAGGGGGAAAACCCUAUGAGUGUAAUGAAUGUGGGAAAACUUUUACCUAUAAUUCAGUCUUCAGAGCACAUCAGAGAGUUCACACUGGGGAGAAACCCUAUGAAUGUAAUGACUGUGAGAAAACAUUUACCCGUGAUGCAGCUCUCAGAAUACAUCAAAGAAUUCAUACAGGAGAGAAACCAUAUGAAUGUAAUGAAUGUGAGAAAACGUUUGCCCGUGAUUCAGCUUUCAGAACUCAUCAGAAAAUUCAUACAGGAGAGAAACUCUAUGAAUGUCAUGAGUGUAGGAAAACUUUUAUCCAGAAAACACACCUCAUUAACCAUCAGAGAAUUCACACAGGGGAGAAACCCUAUGAAUGUGGUGAAUGUGGAAAAACUUUUUCUCAGAAAGCAUACCUCAGUGGUCAUGAAAGAACUCAUACAGGGGAAAAGCCCUAUGAAUGUAACAUAUGUGGGAAAACUUUUGUCUAUAGGACAGGUCUUAUAGUGCAUCAAAGAAUUCACACAGGGGAGAAGCCCUACGAAUGUAAUGAAUGUGGGAAAACUUUUUCUCAAAGAACACACCUCUCUGCACAUCAGAGAAUUCACACAGGGGAAAAGCCAUAUGAAUGUAAAGAAUGUGGGAAAACUUUUGCUGAUAACUCAGCCCUCAGGUCACAUCACAGAACUCACACAGGGGAGAAACCCUAUGAGUGUAAUGAAUGUGGUAAAGCCUUUGCCCAAAAUUCAACUCUCAAACUGCACCAGAAAAUUCAUACAGGGGAGAAACCCUAUGAAUGUGAUACCUGUGGGAAAACUUUUGUCCGAAAAGCAGCUCUCAGAGUACAUCACAUUAGAAUGCAUAGCAGAGAGAAAACCCUUAUGUGAAAAAUCCUGAAGGAACUCCUAGCUUAAAUAACAGCAAGCUCAUAUCACAUGCACUGUCUUGACAAAAUUUCUCUGUCUUGUUCAUCUGGGUGAGACUGGCCAUGUAAUGUUAUCUUAAAGAAUGUUGUAUUUAAGCUGAAACGUUAAAUUACCUUACCUUCUUCUUGUUGGUUUUUAGAUAGACUGGAGAUGAUUGCUACAGCCAAUUUGGGCACUGUUCUGAACAUGGUAGAGCACAAAGUGAAAGAAACUAGAGUGAAUAACACCAACAAACUUCUCCACCUUCAUUUCUUUACCACUAUAUUUUUAUGCAAGAAUAAGUUUAUAUUCUAUUGAGUUCUACGACUUGAUCUCUCAGUGAAAUGCACAUAAAUUAGCCCUCUAUGUUAAGAGUUGGAUGAAACCCUGUGAAGAUGAUAGAACUUCUGUGAAUAGUCUGAAACCUACAAAAUGUUAAAAAAUGGAAUAACCACUGCCUUUUGCUUCUGUAAUUUGCUUUGCUUAACAAAACACCUGAGGAUUUACCAUUGAAGCUAAAAGGCACAUAGCCCUGGUUUAAAAUUAACCAAUGCCAGAGGUGCUAAACCACAUCCCAGGAUGAGACCAAAUGUUCAAACUAAGAACAGUCCGUGAGCCAUAAAACUUUCUGUAAACCAUAAGAGCAUAAAGGUGUUAAGAUAAUGUCACCAGUCCUGUUUUCCUAACCCUGACCUCCACUCUCGUGGUCUGGAAUAGCUAAAAGACAAACAUCCUGAAAGAAAAUGCUAUAUUUGGGAUAACAUUGUACUGUCUUGUGACUGUGAUUUGUGAUGGGAACUGUGGGAACUAAAAUGUCUUAUCACCUAAAAUGAGGUCAUGAUUGUAGAAUUCUUCUAAUAGGCAGAUUGUCACCCAGUCAGGGGCCAGUCAUUUGGCACAGCUCUUGGUGCAGGCCAAUCCUUUGCUAGUGAAGUAAAUGAUCUUGUUGUUGUUGUUGUUGUUUUAUGCACUCCUGUGUCUCUUUGUAUGUCAUUUGCCAGUUCUUUGCACAACAAGGAAAAUAAAUGUCAGAAAAUUCUAUAAGAAUGUAUACCAGAGGCUUCAAGUGAGGAGGAAAACAAUAUCCUGAUGAGCCUUCAUUGAAAAAUGGAAAUCUCAGGCAAUAAACACCAAACCUUUUAACCCAAACACAAUAGCAUGAAACAUC